AUGGAUAUCUGGCUGAAUGGAGCGUUUUACGGGAACGGUGGACCUAUCCAAGUCGAGGGAUUCGUUGAUGGGAGCAUUAUUGGCAUGACUGUAGCGCUGACAGCAGAGUUUGCAAGCACCGACGAAGGACUGAUGAGUGUUCAGGUAAGAAAUGAGAACACUGGAAAAAACUGAAC